UUUGACGAUGUCAACGACCACCCAAAUUCUCUUCCAUAGCCCGGCUCUGAAUUCCCUCAAACGCGACCAAUUGGUCAAACUAUGCAAGAUUCAUUGUAUCAAAGCUAAUGGAAAGAACAAGGAUCUCAUCGAGCGUCUCCAGCUACACGCACAAACACUUCCGCCUGAUGAUCCGUUGAGCGUUGCAGCCAGGGGCGACAAAAGUGAAGAUGAACAAGAUACUGCGAGAGAGGAAAGCAGCAGAGCAUCCGCACUGACGCGCCCGAGUGAACAAUGGGAGAUUGUCAUGGACAGCAUUGCAGAAGUUGAUGAAGAUACUGCGAGUACACUCAAAAACAACCAGGCGCGUAAUGCCACACAAGCAGGAGAGUUUGGAACAAACGGGGGCAAAGCUUCAAGUGUUGGUUCCUCUCUCAAAGCCAUAGCCACUUCUCUUGGACUGAAACGCGGGAAUGUAUCUUCUGAAACAACCACGACCGCUUCAUCGAAAUCUUCGCUCACUUCCACACAAAGUGGCAAAUCGCAGAGCACGGCUCCGACUGAGCCGGAGCCCGAAGUUCAACCUGUGCCAGGACAGAACGCUCUUGCAGGUCUCCCAGCGCCAGACAAUGCCCGUCUCAGUAUAUCUCAGGGACCUGCAACGACUACAAUCCGUCUAGUCGCCUCCAACAUACCUAAUAACUCGUUGUUCUCCCCGCCAAAGUUACAUCCAUUCAAGACAUCCUUUGAUCUUGUGCCCCAAACGCCUGGGGGAGCAGAAGGUGGCAGUGUAUGGCCCCUCUCACCUGGAGGCGCCAAACGCGAGCGCAUAUACCCAGAUGUUCCAACAUUUUCUGCCUUUGAACCUGUAAAUACUUCCGACAUGGACAUUGAUGUCGAUUUCUCCGGCACGCUCCAGUCAUCCACGCCAGCGCGUUCGAAAUUCAAUACAGGUGCUACCCCGAAGUCUGACGAAAAGCCAUCUGAUGUCCCCAAAGAUUUAUUUUCCCCAGCACCAAGGCUUACUCGUGCUCGGGAGGAGGCGAACUCAUUUCGCCCACAGCGCUCCCCAGAAAAGACAAGCGGCGAACUGGGAAUACCCCGCUCUGAGCCUUUCAUCUUUGGAUCUCCUAAUCCUCAGCACCGUCUUUCAAACACGCAAUUUCGAAGUGCGGCACAAAGCGUGCUGGACGACAUGAACGCGCGCCUUAGAUCGGAGGGCGUCGCAAGCGUAGACUUUGAUGUUUUGAGACGCCAGCAACAGACCACGUCAAAACACUCUAUUACAGAGGACCUGCAGCAGGAGAAGAAAGCUAGUUCUAGUCAGCUAUUCGAUAAAGCGCACCAAGCACAAUUCGAUAAGAUGGACAGCAUCACGAGCCACUAUGCUGCGCGACGCGGACUGCUAUCUGGUGCAGAAGCUGCACCUGUUUUGGGCAAGCGAAAGACUACCGCUGGGCCCGCCUCCAUCACUGAGAAGACACGUAAGUCGAGCGUUGUGGUGAAGAAGGAUCGCGUUCCUUCUACCUCAAGUGUGAGGUUACGCCCAGUUCCGAAGAAGGUCGUACCAGGAGGAUUUGGCGACAAUGAUGACGAUGAUGACGGCGAAGAGGAGGAUGAGCAAGAGAACGAUAGGCGGAAGUCUAAACGUUUUCGCAUCGACCCCAUCGAGGAUGCAGAGUUAGAAAGGGAAGAGACAAAGAAGCUUAAGGAGCGUGAGGCCAUUCGUCGGAAGCUGGAUGCCAACAAAGCCAAGAGGCGGAGCAGCAUGGGUAGGCCAAGUAUAGGCAAGGGUGUCCAGACACCCAAGCAAACAUCACGGUUCGGUUUCCUCUCUUCUGCAAAGAAUAUCGUCUCAAAUGUUUGGAAUCGCGGAACAACUGGGUCGAAGCCAAAUACCCUCGCCGCGAAGCCCGCACCCGCACCUCAGACGAAGACGAAGACUCCAGCCCCAUCUAUGUCCUCCAAAGUAACCAAAGAGCCGCCAAAAGCACAGUCGAUGUCCAAAAAAGCUUCGAUCAUCCCUGGCUCUUCGGGAGUACCGCCCGUCCCUAAAGAGUGUGUGCCAUCGGUCAGUAAUGACAAACGGAUGCCCUCUGGGAGUUCGCUUGCACCAGUAGCUGAUUCAACGUCAUCCCAGAUGUCGAAGUCUCCAAUUCAGUUCCCUGCUCCAGGGACGUCAAGUAGGAUGAGCCAUAGUAGGAGUAACUCUGCUUCAUCCCUCGGUGUUGCUUCGCGAACAAAUAACGCACACGUAUCCUCCAUGGGCUCGAAGACUUCUCUCACUGGUACAUUAAGAGGUGCAACCAUUGGCACGGUUCGAGCUCGCACCUCUACCCUCAUGGCGCCAACUGCAUCAUCAUUAGCCAAGGCCAGCAGGCUGCCAGUGCCGUCGUUUUCCCCACUCCAGGUGAAAGACAGGGUCAACGAGAAAGGAAAAGAACAGGCAAAGGAAGCAGAUGCAGUGGCACAUGUGGUGAAUUCCCCGAUGGUCCCCCGAAGUCAGGGACGAAUCUUCAGCCAGCCCUUGGCGCCGAACAGCCCUUCGUCGAAGCCUUUGGAGCCACAGCCUCGGAUGUCCCUUGCAGCAGCAGCAGUUACGCUUGCCACCGCAAAGCCUCCAAUUCCGCCGAAGCCGAAGGUUAUGCUCGGACGGCGGCCACGUAUAUCUAGGGGAAAGGUGAUUGCAAAGUUGGCUUCGCAACGAGAGGCCCAGCAGGCUGGCGCGAGCGCUAUUCCGAGGCCACGUGUGGGUGCAUCCAGCUUCCAUGCGAGUGCCGGCAUGCCAAGGGUACGGUCUAGCAUGGGCACGAACGUCGGGCAGUCGCAUGGUGUGGCGAAAGUGGGUGGGGAUGUGCUUAUGAGCGCAAAGAAGCGCACGAGGAGGAGCGAGUAUGCGAGGAGGCGGAGUCGUGCGGAUGGGGAGAAGAUGGACUUGUGAGGGGGUGAGCUGCUAGAUGUUUCUUUGUUUUUUACUGUCUCUUUCUAUGCAUUUGUGGACCAUCAUUCGAGUUAUACAGUACUUCAUCUUGUGUGUGUACUAGUUUAAUCAUGCAGGAGCAUGGCAUUGGCUAGAAUAUCAAUGUGGG